GAAUAUUUUGAAGAGUUUUACUAGAAUACAAACUUUAACAAGCAUUAUGCCUCGACCGCGUAAAACUUCGUAUACUGGGGACAAACCUCCAUACAGUUACGUUGCAUUGUGCGCCAUGGCUAUCCACAGUUCGCCAGUCAAGAUGAUGACUUUAAGUCAAAUAUAUAAAUUUAUCAUGGAUAAUUUCCCAUUCUAUCGAAAAAACAGUACACGCUGGCAAAAUUCUUUACGACAUAAUCUAUCGUUUAACGAUUGUUUCGUAAAAGUAUCGAAAACCUCGGAGCAUGGUGGAAAAGGGAAUUAUUGGAAAUUACAUAAAAACAGUGCUCAGAUGUUCGAAGAGGGUAGCUUGUUACGAAGAAAAAGAAGAUUUCAUUCGGAUUCCAGCAUCGAGGAUACACACCAAGAAACUGAAGAUGAAUGUUAUAGCCCAAAAAAAACACGUACGGGCGAGCCGUACCAAGAAAAAAACUUAUCUAAAAAUUGCUCUUCGUUUACGAUAGACAAUAUACUAAAAAAAGAUGAUAGCAGAAUACACAGAGAAAUAAAAAUAACGAACACAAAAGAACAAUGUUAUCUUAUCCGCUCGAAUAACUAUAUAAGUGAUGAAAAUGUUUUCAGAGCAGAUAGGAACAACGAACCGUAUGAUAUGAAAGAAGUAAUAUCACUUCCUUGCUAUGAUGUUUGUAAAAGCGCGUUCAAACCAAUACUACCAAACCGUUGUUGCACGAAUUUUACCUCCUAUACUUGCAUUUCUCAAAGAUAUUGCGAACUGUGAUAGAGAAUGUGAUUAUUUUUAUGAAUUUUAGUCUUGUUUUUAUGUUAUGUUGGUAAAUUUUGAUAAAUUAUUUUUGCUAGAUACACGGUUUUUAUAAGUGCACCAAAUUGCAAAUAUAUUUUAACGAUCCUACUGUUAAAUUCGAAGUUCUCCUUCGACUAGCCUUUUGUUUUCCA